AUCGAAGUGAGUGAGUUUAUUAAUGAUGUCCUCGGAUCUUUCAAAUCUUUACACACACACCCCGUGCACUACACUCUUUUUCACACACACUUCAAAUGCAUCUUCUUCUUCAUCUCUGCUUUCUUUAAACAACCCUAAUCAAAUUCUUUACACAACAAUGUCUGCAAUAUCAUCAUUAUCUCCAUUCAAGUUCACACCUUCACACAAUCCCCAGCGUCGAUUCUCCCCAUCUUCAAAUCCCCACCGUCCAUUUUCACCCAGGCCCAUUUUCUUGAAACCCCUCAAAGUCACUUCUCAAGAAUCAUCACAAGCACAACCCCAGAUCAUUACUCCAGUAAAACCCACCAUAACAUACCAAAACGACGCCGCAUUGGACUCAACAUGCUUUGUGAUCAAAGCCAAGAAUAGGAUUGGGCUUUUGCAGGUAAUCACAAGGGUUUUUAAGGUUCUCGGGCUUGUGAUUGAGAAGGCUGAAGUUGAUUUUGAGGGGGAGUUUUUUGUUAAGAAGUUUUAUGUGACUGAUUCAAAUGGGGAGAGAAUUGAAGAGAAGGAGAAUUUGGAGAGAAUUGAGAAGGCAUUAUUGGAGGCCAUUGAUGGUUGUAAUUUCGAUUAUGGCGGUGAGGCGGUGGGUAAGAGAGGGGUGAUGAGGAGAGGUGAGAUUGUGGGAGAUGGCAUGGGGAAGGCGAAAGCGGAGAGAAUGUUUGGAUUGAUGGAUGGGUUUUUGAAGAAUGAUCCUGUUAGUCUUCAGAAAAGUAUUCUUGAUCACGUGGAGUAUACAGUGGCUCGAUCAAGAUUUAAUUUUGAUGAUUUUGAAGCUUACCAGGCUUUAUCACACAGCGUGAGGGAUCGGUUAAUUGAACGGUGGCAUGAUACUCAUCAACACUUCAAAAAGAAAGAUCCCAAGCGCCUGUACUUCCUGUCCCUGGAGUUUCUUAUGGGACGUACCUUAUCAAAUAGUGUCAUUAAUCUUGGUAUCCGGGACCAAUAUGCUGAUGCCCUAAGCCAGCUUGGCUUUGAUUUUGAAGUUGUGGCAGAGCAGGAAGGAGAUGCUGCACUUGGUAAUGGAGGGUUAGCCCGCCUUUCAGCUUGCCAAAUGGAUUCCCUAGCAACAUUAGACUAUCCGGCAAUGGGUUACGGAUUACGUUACCAGUUUGGUCUUUUCCGUCAGAUCAUAUUGGAUGGUUUUCAACAUGAACAACCUGAUUAUUGGUUAAAUUUUGGAAAUCCAUGGGAAAUAGAGCGGGUUCAUGUGUCAUAUCCUGUGAAGUUUUAUGGUACAGUUAAGGAAGAAUUUGUAAACGGGGAGACACGAAAAGCAUGGGUACCUGGAGAAAUGGUUGAAGCUGUAGCUUAUGACAACCCAAUACCUGGUUAUGGAACGAGGAAUGCCAUUAAUCUGCGAUUAUGGGCAGCCAAACCAAGUGGUCAAUAUGAUAUGGAGUCGUACAAUACUGGAGAUUAUAUUAAUGCUGUUUUCAACAGGCAGAAGGCUGAAACUAUAAGCAGUGUCUUGUAUCCUGAUGAUCGCUCCUAUCAGGGAAAGGAAUUGCGACUGAAGCAACAAUAUUUCUUUGUCUCAGCGUCAAUACAAGAUAUUAUUCGAAGGUUCAAAGACGUCAACAGUAAUUUUGAUGAUUUCCCGGAAAAGGUUGCUCUACAGCUGACUGAUACCCAUCCAUCUCUUUCUAUAGUCGAGGUCAUGAGAAUCCUUCUUGAUGAAGAACAUUUGGCUUGGAAAAAAGCCUGGGACAUUGUGUGCAAGAUAUCUUCUUUCACUACUCACACUGUAAUACUUGAAGGACUUGAGAAGAUCCCCGUGGACCUGCUUGAAAGUCUUCUCCCACGCCAUUUACAAAUUAUAUAUGAGAUUAAUCAGAUGUUCAUGGAAGAGUGGAAAAAGAAGAUUGGCAAUGAUUAUGCCCGGUUGUCACGAAUGUCAAUUGUUGAGGAAGGUUCUGUGAAGAGUAUCCGUGUGGCAAAUUUAUCAGUUGCUUGCUGCCAUACUGUCAACGGUGUUUCCAGAGUUCAUUCUGAAAUAAUCAAGUCAAAAGUAUUUAAGGAUUUUUAUGAGGUAUGGCCAGAGAAAUUUCAGUACAAGACAAAUGGAGUAACUCAGCGCCGCUGGGUUGUGGUGAGCAAUCCAGGUUUAUCUGCUCUAAUUACAAAAUAUCUUGGGACAGAAGCAUGGAUUCGUAAUGUUGACCUCCUAUCAGGGCUGCGCCAACAUGCAUCGGAUUUAGCUUUACAUCAGGACUGGAAAAUGGUUAAGAAGGUUAACAAGACAAGGCUUGCAGAAUACAUUGAGAUGAUGAGCGGUGUGAAGGUCAGUUUAGAUGCCAUGUUUGACGUACAGAUAAAACGAAUACAUGAGUACAAAAGGCAGCUUCUGAAUAUACUAGGCGUUAUUCAUCGAUAUGACUGCAUAAAGAAUAUGGCGAAAGGUGAUAGAAUGAAGGUUGUACCACGUGUUUGCAUAAUUGGAGGGAAAGCAGCUCCUGGUUACGAAGCUGCAAAGAAGAUUAUUAAACUUUGUCAUGCUGUAGCUGAAACAAUCAAUAAUGACACUGAAAUUGGAGACCUCUUAAAAUUGGUCUUUAUACCUGAUUACAAUGUUUCUGUUGCUGAAUUAGUCAUCCCUGGUAGUGAUCUUUCACAACAUAUAAGCACUGCUGGACACGAGGCUUCAGGAACUGGCAGCAUGAAAUUUCUUAUGAAUGGAUGUCUGCUAUUAGCCACAGCUGAUGGGUCUACUGUUGAGAUUAUUGAAGAAAUUGGGGUAGAUAACGUGUUUAUAUUUGGUGCAAAGAUGAGUGAGGUUCCUGCUUUACGAGAAAAAGUAGCGUCUACUAAAGCAUCUCUUCAGUUCUCACGAGUUGUAAGGAUGGUAAAAGAUGGUUAUUUUGGCUUCAAAGACUACUUCAAAUCAUUAUGUGACAAUUUAGAGAAUGGUGAUGAUUUUUAUCUCCUUGGUUCUGAUUUUGCUAGCUAUCUGGAAGCCCAGGCAGCUGCAGACAGAGCUUUUGCUGAUCAGGAGAAAUGGACUGAAAUGAGCAUACUUUGUACUGCUGGUUCUGGAAGAUUCAGUAGCGAUAGAACCAUUGAAGAGUAUGCAAAGAAGACUUGGGGAAUCGAACCAUGCAAAUGCCCUUCUGACUCCUAAAAUAAAAAAACUUCCCCACAAUAGCCAGCCUCCAACCGAGCUUCAGAUCUUGACAUGAAUUGUGAAGGUAAUACAGAGCACCAGAUUUCGACUUCUUCAUUGGACUGCCUUCUGUAGCUUGUUGUUAGUGUAAGGGUUAUA